UGCGUUUAAGGUUAGAAUUUACGCGAUAGCUUGUAUUUUGUUUAUUUUGGUUUAGUAUUAAUUAUUUCAAUUGAAAAUAACAUUACAAUGAGUUUACCCACAGACUUCGGGCCGGAUUCAGGUGGACGAAUAAAGGGUCUUACAAUCGUCAAACCAAUAGUCUACGGCAACAUAGCAAGGUAUUUCGGCAAAAAGCGAGAAGAAGACGGGCACACGCAUCAAUGGACGGUGUACGUGAAGCCUUACGCGAACGAGGACAUGUCGAAUUACAUCAAGAAAGUGAACUUUAAAUUGCAUGAGAGCUACGCGAAUCCGAACAGGAUUGUGACGAAGCCGCCAUAUGAGCUCACGGAGACGGGGUGGGGAGAGUUCGAGAUCGUUAUCAAGCUGCAUUUCCAUGAUCCUAAUGAAAGACCUGUAACACUCUACCACAUCCUCAAGCUCUUCCAGUCGCCAGCCUCCGAGGGAGCUCCUCCGACGGUCGGCCGAGCGCUAGUUAGCGAGUCCUAUGAAGAGAUUGUGUUUCAAGAGCCAACGCAGCUGAUGCAGCACUUGCUUACCACGGUCAAACCGGUUACCAACGGCCCAUGGACUCAUGACACUAACUUUGAAGAAAAGAGAAAAACACUAGAAAAGAUCAUAGCAGCGCAAGCCAAGGUGCGAAAUGAGAUCGCCGAGCUGAAGGAAAAGUUGCAGCUAGCCAAGGAAACCGGGGCCAAGUUUAAGGAGGAAAUCGCUAAGCUGCAGAACAGCUCGUCGUUGCUCUCUGUUAUAUAGGGACCAUACAUACAAUAUGUCGUUUCAUGAAUGCUGGCACAAAUGGAAUGAACAAAUUUUUAUUAUAGGAGUGACACAUAAACUCUUAAGAGCCGCCAUUUUAUUGUUAUUCUGUCACAAAGAUAGACAUUUUCAUUCACUUCGUUCUAUUAGUGCUAGCUCUUGUGAAUUGACCUUUAGCACAGUAUAAUAA